AUGUCGACAACUCAACCUCAUCAACAAGAACCACACCAAUUCCCCCUCUCAACGGCUCAACUAUCAUGCCUCUGCGGCACCGUCAAAGAGCCUGGCACACUACUCGUACCAUCCGGGCAAUCGAAGACAUUCCCCGUCGCCAGCCACAUGUGCCACUGCAACAGCUGCCGCUACGUGACAGGAAACAUCCUGUUGUCAGGCCCGGCACUCACGACAUCACCUAGCCGAGCCUCACUGGCACACUGCACCGCCUACGCCACAUCCGCACAGUUUGUGCGGUAUUUCUGCACGACGUGUGGAUGUCAUUGUUUCACGCAGAACAUGGCCAUUGCACGAAAGGAGCUGGAUGUCACGACCGAUCCCUCCUCCGCCAGCUCUUGCCCCGACGAAGCCAAAAUCGAGAGCGACGACGAAGAGCCCGAAUGGUAUACCAACUCAGGCCUCAUCGAGCGCGACCCAGCACAGAUCGAAGCGGAUGCACCAUGGGCCACCGAUCUCGUGAAUACACUAAGCCACAUGUUCAUCGCUGACACGCUCGACGGUGGCAUUGUGCCACGCCUGUCGAACCCCGCCUCUACGAAAAUCCCGCUCUUCAUGGACGGAUACUCCGACGAGGCCACAUCGCCUGGGUCCGCGACAUCUCUCGAAUCAGUCCUGCAGCUGCGACUUAACAACUCAAAAUCCACAUCUCCAUCAUCAACAGCAUCCUCCUCCUGCCUGAAAGCAGCAUGCCACUGCGGGAGCGUCAAGCUCUCGAUCCGCCGACCCGACUACGCCGUCGACACGCAGGGCGUCCCAGCGCGGUACAUCGCCGAGCACGCGACGACCAAAUACCCGGCGUGGUUCUGCGCAUGCCGCUCCGACCGCACAGGGAAUGGUGCGUGGUUCGCACAGCCGUGGACGUACAUUCCGCCCGCGAACAUCACGUUCACAUUUCCUGUCGACGACGACGAUGAUCCUGAAGGGGACGAACGACAAGUCACCGUGGCGGACGUCUUCCAGCUCUCGUCGUCAUCGUCGUCGCCGCCGAAUCUCCCGUCUGGUUCCCCCUCGACAGCGACAGCGACAGCGAAAGAGGCGGUCUCCGCACGCCUCUCGCAGCACCGCUCGUCCACGUCCACGACGCGCUCGUUCUGCCGCACCUGCGGCGCGACGGUCUUCUAUAUGCACGACGAGCGGCCCAGCGUUGUGAACGUCGCGGUGGGGAUUCUGCGCGCGGACGACGGCGCCUUGGCGAGCGACUGGCUCGACUGGGUGCCCGGCAGGGUCGUGUGCCCCGAGGAGACGACGGAGCGGACUUUGUUGCGGGCUUUGCUCGGUUGA